UUAUUCUUAUCUCAUUAAUUAUCAAUCAUAGCAGUAGUUCAAGUGUGAAACUAGCUUAUAGUUUGCUGCAAAAGGCAAGCCAGAAAAAUACUCAAGAUCUUCAUUUUCAACCAAAAAGAUUAAAAUUUUUGGAAUCUAUCUCACACACAUUAGUUAGCUGCUUGAUGAAAGUCCCAGCAAUGGAAAAGAAACUAGUCUCUCUUGUCUAUCCCCAGAUCCUUGUUUUCCUCCUCAUCAAAUCUCUGUUACUGUUAGAUUCAGUGGUAGCAGAACCAAGGGCCAAAACAGUUGAAGUAACAUGUGGCCAUCAACUAGAGCACAACACUACCAUCUUUGUUCCGAAUUUCAUUGCAACCAUGGAGAAGAUAAGCCAACAAAUGCGCAGUACCGGCUACGGCACAGCAGUUACAGGGACAGGACCAGACAUAGACUAUGGCCUGGCACAGUGCUAUGGAGAUCUUUCACUUCUUGAUUGUGUGUUAUGUUAUGCCGAGGCACGCACGGUUCUUCCUAAAUGCUUCCCAAACAAUGGUGGCCGCAUAUUUCUUGAUGGAUGCUUCAUGAGGUCUGAAAAUUAUAGCUUCUUUGAUGAGUAUGCAGGGCCAGGGGACAAGGCUGUUUGUGGCAACAAAACUAGGAAGAACUCGAGUUUUCAAGCGGCCGCGAAGCAGGCGGUUUUGGAAGUAGUGCAAGCUGCACCAAACAGCAAAGGAUACUAUGCAAGAGGGAAGGUUGAUGUUUCUGGAAGGGUAAAUGAAUCUGCUUAUGUUUUGGCUAAUUGUUGGAAGAGUUUGAACAGUAGUUCUUGCAAAGUAUGUCUUGAGAAUGCUUCUAAAUCUGUGUUGAAAUGCUUGCCUUCUUCAGAAGGUAGAGCACUGAACACUGGCUGCUUCAUGAGGUAUUCUGACACAGAUUUUCUUAACAAGGAGCAGAAUAAUGGAAGAUCAAGAGGUACUCUUAUAGUGAUAGUGGUUGCAGUAGUUAGUGCAGUGAUUGUUUUGGUAGUUGGAAUAGCUAUUGGGGUCUAUAUAAGGAAAGAUAGAUACAUUCAAAGAAAAAGAAGAGGUUCAAAUGAUGCAGAGAAGUUGGCUAAGACACUUCACCGCAACAGCUUGAAUUUCAAGUACUCUACACUGGAGAAGGCUACCAACUCCUUCAACGAAGCGAACAAGCUUGGACAGGGAGGAUUUGGAUCGGUUUAUAGAGGUGUUCUGCCUGAUGGAAGAGAAAUUGCCAUCAAGAGGUUGUACUUCAACAACAGGCAUAGAGCAGCAGAUUUCUACAAUGAAGUCAACAUAAUUAGUAGCGUGGAGCACAAGAAUCUAGUGAGGUUGUUAGGAUGCAGCUGUUCUGGACCCGAAAGCUUGCUCGUAUAUGAAUUUCUACCGAACAAAAGUCUUGAUCAAUUUAUUUUUGAUAGAGUCAAGGGAAGAGAACUAAACUGGGAGAAGAGAUAUGACAUUAUCAUUGGGACAGCUGAAGGAUUGGUUUACCUGCAUGAGAAUUCAAAAACUAGGAUAAUUCAUAGAGAUAUAAAAGCCAGCAACAUCUUACUGGAUGCUAAACUUCGCGCCAAAAUUGCUGAUUUUGGACUGGCCAGGUCCUUUCAAGAAGAUAAGAGUCACAUUAGCACGGCUAUAGCCGGAACUCUGGGUUACAUGGCUCCAGAGUACCUAGCUCAUGGUCAGUUAACAGAAAAGGCAGAUGUAUAUAGUUUUGGAGUGUUAGUCUUAGAAAUAGUUACUGGGAGACAGAAUAACAGAAGCAAAUCAACAGAAUACUCAGACAGCAUAGUUAUACUGACAUGGAGGCAUUUCCAAUCAGGGACAGCAGAAGAGCUAUUUGAUCCAAAUCUAGCUUCAGAUGACAACAAUAAUGUUAAUAAGAAGGAUGAGAUUUUAAGAGUGGUGCACAUAGGACUUCUAUGCACACAAGAGAACCCUUCCCUGAGGCCAACCAUGUCAAGGGCACUACAGAUGCUAACAAAGAAGGAAGAGAAUCUUGCACGUCCCUCUAAUCCACCCUUCACAGAUGAGAACACAAUGGAACUCAAUGACACUGUUGAUAACCCAUUUUGCCCUCUCAAUAAUGCAACAUAUUCAUCAGAGGCUACUAUGUCCCAUAGUUCUUUCUAUGCAAGGUGAUCACUGAAGAGAAUUAAAGCAACAGCAGCUACUUUAGUCCAAAGCUUGGAUUCCAUUGGUGACAUGAUGAAAUAAAUGUUGCUAUCACACAAAAAGAAGCGUUGAUUGAUAGGAAAAUUAGAUGCUUGUAAGCCACAAGCCCAUAAGAAUAUUAAAUGUACACUGUACACCUUUAAUUUACAACUACUCACUCAGGAACAACAAACGAUGAGUUUCUUUCUCA